AUGGCUCACUUCGCGCUAUGCUCUCGUGCUGACUCGUUUCCUGUUGGGACGUCGACCCUCAACGCUGCCAUGAGUCCUCGACGAGAAGACAAAGCGAAUCCCAUCGAUUCGCUGCUCUGCCAACAGCAAGAGAAACUCGAUAACAAGAACACAAUUCGACGGCACAAUCGCAGAGCGCGCAAGUUUGUGCCACUUAAUCUCGAGGAUAUCAAAGAGAAGCAGAAGAUCACUACAAGAGAGUGCGCCGAACCUGUGCAGCGAACAGAAGCCCCAGCCUCCAGCUCUCGAGUGACGGCGCGUGGCAAGGUAGCUGCCCAAAACUUAUCUCACCAGAGCAAACAAUCGACGCCUGUCCGACCUACAGCUCAUCCACGAGGUCACGACAGCGCUACCAAGAAAUCUCGCAAACCUCGCAAGAGACGACUCAAAGGCGAAAAUUCCGCAAAAGACAAAGUCACCGUAAUGGCUGCACAGCUUUCGGGUGUAUACCUUCCGCCGCAUCUACGUAAGCGCGCUGAUGUACCCGUCCAGCCCAAGACUGAUGUGAAGCUGGGGGACUGCAUUGGCAUUGGCUCGCCGCCAGCUUCUGUCAAGUCUUCACCUAAACGCCCUGUGUUGAACAAGGUCUCGUCAAACCCAGCUAUCACUCAUGAAAGUUGCCUACCCUCACCACCAGCAACAGUCGAGGAGCCAUCGACGCUUGCCAGAGGAUGCAAUGGAUGGGACAACUCUCCGGUAGAGCAGCCACUCACUCUGCCUAGACGAAAUGAGAACCCGCGCUGGCCGAGACCACUGAAAGCGCCAAAAGAAAAGCAUGUCUGGCCAAAGUCGCGUGACAUUCCGAGAGGGCUAUCUUCUGAUGGUCAAAGUGACGGUGGCAUCUUCUUCAAGUCGGACAGUGAGGGAGAUCCAACAUACGACGUGAAGAAGCUGAUAGGCUGGAACGGUGACUGGCUUCCACCACCAGAAGAGUGGGCUGCGAGGAAGGGCUUCACUGAUCGUCACUUUGCUCAAGUCAUCGAGCGUUGGGCGAACGAACACAGCCGGCACUGUACCAAGCUCAUGAGUAUCGACUCACCAGCAUUUUCCGGCGUGCAAGACGCCGAUGGUAAGUGGGUGACUAAAGACCUAGUGCCCCGUUAUUGGUUGCACGAGACGAUUGACAACGAUUCACCUCGUACCUUCUGGGAACAACUGCCACAUCGCGCGCCCACUGCUCUAAGCGAUGUUGAUAUUACGGAGGGUCCGCCCUACUGGGAGCGCUGGGAAGAUGGUCACCCAGACCAAUACUUCAUGGAUGCCUUGGUUGUUCCGGAAGCAAGGAUCGAUGUCAGUGAUUCGGCAAAUGAGUUGGAGAAGACGUUCGCUAUGCUUUGUGCCAAUGAGCGACUGGCGAAAAUCCAAGACAUUAGAGCAAGCGAAGCGCGUCGCAGGGAGGCCAAACGCAACAGACCAAUUCCUGCCUCCAUCCAACUGGUAUCGCAACUAUCAAAUAGACUUCUUAAUCCAAAAGCCAACAUCUAUCUCCGGCCUGUCCAGCCUGCCGAUGUUCGUGGCAUCAUGGCCAUAUACAACCACUAUGUCGCCAACACCGUGCAUGCAGACGAGCUUGACGAACUUACCGAGGCAAGCAUCCGCGGUCGUAUCGACGACGUCGUUCAGGCUAAUCUGCCAUUCCUUGUCGCAGUCGCGAAACGCAACAAGCGCAAAGGUCCACAAGGUUAUGUGAGUGAGACCAUCGUCGGCUAUGUUCAGCUUGACGACUACGUCAAUCAGUCCAGCAUGUACCGGUACACCUUCGAACUCGAGCUAUAUGUACACCCAGGCUACGUUCGUCAGGGCAUUGGCAAAUGCCUACUCGACAGGAUCGUGUACAUGGCCAAUACCGGUUACAAGACUAGGGGCGGUUAUGAGUGGGUCAACGAAUUCGAGUACCUCAAGAACGGGAAAGGCCGAGUCGUCAAGACUAUCCUGGCAAGUCUGCACUUCGAGCGAGGCGACGAGAUCGAGUGGGCAGCCAAAUAUCUCGGAGACUUUGGGUUUAGGAAGGCGGGCCGCUUCAAGCACGUGGGGUACAAGGAUGGCAAGGUUGUGGACAAGGUUAUGUUCCAGCUUCAGACCACAGAGGUCAUCGAUCCUAAGAGCAUUCCCAUGGUACAAGGCUGA